ACCCUAGCCGACUAACCCUUUCCUUUUCCCUCUUUUCAUCUUCUAUCUUCUCUCCUCACUCUCACUAUCAAGAACCGGCGCGAACCCAGGCAGCCAGCCACCGUUCUCAGUCUCAGAGGCGACAGCGCCGACGAGCUCAGACACCGGUCGUCUAUCUCCGGCGGUGAAUCCUCUCUCUCGUCACCCGUUAUCUCUCCAUCGUCUCUCUCGCAGUUUUCAUUCUCACUCGCACUUCGCAUAUUCUCUGGAAUCAGCGAACUCAAGCACCGGCGGCAGCCGCGCCACCAGUGAACUCAGUCGCCCCUCUCUCCGGCGGUGAGUCAAAGACCAGAGCCCGCCUAAUCUCUGGUGCCGGGGGUUUGGAGAAGAAGAGAGAGAGAGAUGGGGAAGGCGAAGAGCUCUCGCAAGGGUAAGAAGGCAUGGAGGAUUAACAUACCCACAGACGACAUCGAAGAGUUCUUUGAAAAAUCAACCAAAGACGCUCUCAGUGGAGGAUCCUUAACCGCCGUUUCGAGCGAAUCCCUAUACUACGUCGACAAAAGCAGCGAUAUUUCAGUGAAGCGGAAAAUUGAGAAACACCGGCAGAAGGUACUUCGAUGUGAGAGUUUGUUUGAAAGGAAUCCCUUUGUUCAACCUGUCCCAUCUUCAACACUGAAGAAGUGCAAGAAGAAAUGCAAAGAAGUUCUAAAACCAAAAAUAGCUGAGAACCAAGAUGUCCCUAAGGAUAAGCAGAAUUUGAACUCUAGCAUGAUUGACAUAUGGGAUAAUAAAGAUGAAGGCAAUGCCAAGAUAAAAAAGAAAUCUAAGUCUACUCUUAUUCCGGCAGUAGAAGUUGAGCCACCUGGAUGCUCAUUUAAUCCUUCAUUUGAAGCUCAUCAGGAUUCAUUGGCCCAUGCUGUUGCAGACGAAAUGCAAAAAAUCUUCCGGAAUGAGCUGGGACCACAGCCAGUUCCACUAACUGUUCCUGGUGAAGUUGUGGAUGAAGAAAAUAUGUUCUUUCUUGAUGCUGAUGCUGGAACUGAUGAUGAGUUGGAAGAGGAUAAUUCUGGUGAAAAUGGCAAUUCAACACCUGAAAAAAGGCCUUUAAAAACAAAGAGGGUGACACGGGUGGAACUAAACAAGAGAGCUAGGCAUAAGCAGAAGUUGAAGGAAGAAGCUGAAGCAAAGAAGAUAGAAGAACUUUCCAAGGAGAUCGACAGCUUACCAGAUAUAAUUAAAGAAAUCACUGAGGAGGAUGAAGAGAAGGAGAAAAGACAUCUCAGGCGCAUUACAGCCAAACAAGAAAGACUGAAGUCCGCUCCACCAUGCUUGGGGAAGCACAAAUUCGAGCCUGCUCCUCUUCAAGUUCUGUUAUCUGACGAAAUAUCUGGAUCUCUGCGUAAGCUGAAGGGUUGUUGCACUCUUGCAAGGGAUCGGUUCAAAAGCCUUGAAAAACGAGGGUUAAUUGUCCCAACAGCCAAACGCAAACGGUAAUAAUUAUUUCUCUGUAGAGCGACGGUGCUGUGUACUAGAGAAAGCAACUAUUCAAAUGGAGAUUCCUGACUGGGUGUCCAAGGGAACAACUAGCCCUGCAGGGUUCUCUGGGUUACAAGUUGAAUUAUAUUUGUUUGUUAUUUUGACAUCCGCCCCACCCUUCUUGCUGUUCUAUUUUCCGGCCCUGUAUUAUUAUUAUUUUUUCUUUCCCUAUUACCCCAUUUUAUGCCAAGGUAGCAAAAUCGAUUUUUGGAAUAGGAUGGAUUAUACUGUUGUCGUUACAGGAAUUUCUCAUUUGAUUAAUGGAAUUUGUGGAAUACCAGAAUAUGAACGGAAGGCAUUCCUCAUGAAUUAGUCUGAGUUUGGACAUCA